UUUGUGUUUUGAAAUAUCACGUGACCAUGCUUGUUUUUCUCCCGCCGAUUGUCACACGUGGUGACGUGCUCGACAAAGUGUAACGUUUAAGCCAGAAGGAUGUCCGUAAAACUGAAGAAAACCAUCCGGGAGAAGAUAGAAGAUAUAAAGAACCAGAGAGAUGUGAUUGUUGCCUUUCUAGAUGAAUUUGUUGCAGAGGCUGAGUCUAAAGCCGAAUCCUUGCUGUCCACUCGGGACACUGGUCAGUUUAAUCAGAGAUAUGUUGAGGUCAUGCAGCACCUGGACCGGUGCUAUCACACCUUUGUCCUCCUGUCUGCCGAAGCAGAGGAAAAAAUAGGUGGUGGGGGCUUCUACAAGGAUGAAGAUGAUGUAUUGAGUGAAGGAAUUGAUGACCCUCUGACCGGAGCCACGUCACUGUCCAAUAGUGGUCCUCACACAGAUACACCAAAGAAGAUUCAGCGAGCCACAAAUCAGUGUCAACUUCAAACCAACACUCUGUGUCAGUCUGUACCCAAGCAAGCUGACAGCCGGUCUCUAUCCAAGAAUACUGCAAGUCAGUCCCAAACCAAGAACACUGAUAGUAACUCAUCCAGCAAAAAGGAGAAAAGUUAUGAUAAAUCUGUUCAAAAAGACAGUAAGAAAGAAAUUCUUUUGGGGGAUAGUACAUUUGAAAAUGAGAAAACUGGAGUAGUGGAAUCUAAAAACCUUGACUUUGAUGCUCCUUUAAGUCCAUGUACAGUCACUAAGUUGGAUGUACCGCAGGCCUCAGGUGCAGUAUGUGAUGGUAGAGAUGUGAAUCUCAAUACAGAGGUGAAUAAGCCUACAUGUGAGAAGGGUGUAUUUAGUGUGGUCCAGCCAGAACAGAAGACAAUUAAAACAGAUCCCCUUGAUGAUUCAGCUGAAAGAUGUGGCAACCUGAAUGAGACAAAAGGUCCUCUUUGUCCCGCUGCACUGUCUGCAGAUUCUGAUUCCACUCAGGGCAUGAGGACAGGUCAACCUCGGCUGGACAUUGAAGUGGCCCGGCGCUUCCUACAAGGUAUUCUUAACCAGGCUAAUGAGGACAACUUAAAACUGGAUCAAGAGAAAAAGAAAUCUCCAGAACUUAAACUGGAAAAAGAUACAAGAACAGAAAAAGAGGAGAAAUUUGUUGCAGGCAAAUCACUUCAAAAUAAUAUCUCAGUUGACGAAACAAAGAGAUCAUCCAUCUUUACUUGGAAGCUGGAUUCUAGUAAAAGUAAGACUGAAGAUGAUAACAGUAGUGUAAAACAGACUCAAUCAGAGGAACAUAAUUACAAGACAAACCAGAAUAACCGGAAGACAGAUCACGAGAGAGACAGGCCAGAUCACAAUAGUGGGAAGACGGACAAAUCUGGUGAUGCAAAACAGAAAGAAAAUGUGACUCGCACCUCAGGACUUCUGAAUAAGGAAGUGAAGGAGACCAGAACAAAAACUGAUACAACAAAGGACAAUGAAGUGAUUUUAGAGCAAAUAACGAAUACGACACAAUCAGAAGAAAGUAGGGAAAGUGAAGUUAUAUCACCAAAGUCUGGCUCGGAUGAACAGAUCCAAUCCGCCAGUGUAAAGUGUAUCAUUGAGGAUUUAUCAGAAGAGACACGAGUAAAGUCUAGUCAAAGUAAGCCUGUCAGUGAUGGAGCAAGUGGUGAAGAUGUGUGUAAACUUAGUAGUCUAUCAUCUGAAGAUGUCAAAGAUAAGGAAGACUCUAUCCCUGGACCAGAUCUUUCUUAUGAAGUCCUAGAGAAUAGUAAAAUAUACAGUGUUAUUGUCAGCGAGGCCAUCAGUCCGUGGUCGUUCUAUGUUCAAAAGUUCACCUCUGACCUGGAUGACCUUAUGAAGGAUUUACGGUCUUUGCAGGACUUGGAUCCUGUACUUAACCUACAACAAGGAAUGGUGUGCUUGGCAAAGUUUUCUAAAGACUCAUGUUAUUACAGAGCAAAAGUAGUGGAGAUUUGUUCCAACGGUUCUGAUCCAUCAGUAGAAGUAUUAUUUGUUGAUUAUGGAAAUGGAGAGUCUAGGAAGCAGUCCCACCUGAGGAACUUACCACAGAAGUUUGCUAGUCUGCCAGCACAGGGCAUUCUGUGUGCCUUAACACAGGUUGCUCCAGACAAUAAAUACAAGAUAUGGACUGAGGAAUCCAUGACCCUCUUCUCCCAGCUUGUUUCGGGGAGGAGGUUUAACUGCAUGCCUUGCUAUUUGUCAGAUGACCCAUCCCUUCCCUCUGUAGUUGGAUUAUUUUUUAAUAUCCCAGAACAGAUUAUAAAGGAUGGAAAUAUUGUCCUGCAGCCAGGACCGAAGCAAAUCAGUAUCCAUGAAUACAUGAUUGAAAAGGGUUUGGCAAAAUCCAUAUCAUUGGAGGAGCAGCUUCAGUUGUUAAACUGCUCUCCUGUAAAGGAGGAACUAAAAGACAGUCUGAGAAAGGAUGGAAAAGGUGUGACAUCAAGUGACAGUGAGGACUGCAGGAAACCAAAUAAAGACCACACAACCUCUGUAGAGAGUAAGUCUAAGUUUAACAUAGGGAGCAGUGUGGAGACUUUGUCUGAUAGUACACACAGUGUACCACGCUUACCCAAGUCUUCUACUAGGGACGAGAGAGAGCGCAAGACUAAAGCCGAGAAGGAAAAAAGGGAAGCCAGGGCUAAACAGAAACAGAAAGACUCCCAGGACAAGUCCCAAGACAAACUGUCCAAAAAAGAAGAGGUUAAUUCAAAGGAGGUAUCAAAGUCCACAGUAAAGAAACAGCGCGACAAAGAUCAUGUGGAGGAGGCUUCUGAUUCCGCUGGACCUGUGUGUUCUACUCCCAGAGAUAGAGACAAUGUCCAUAACAAUCUUAAUGUGGAGAAGACGCAGGACAAGAGGACAGUACAGGAAUCUGCUCAGAAUAUCACAGAAGUCAAGAUACAGAACGUGGCCGAGGAUUCUGUGUCAGUAAAGUCAUUGUCAGAGUCAGAGUGUCUGACUACGACGUACACUGUAGACAAGUCAGUCAAUCUCCCCUCUAACAUUAAUGUAGACAUCCCCGGUCUUAUGGUGAUGCUGUCUCAUGUUGAAUCUCCAUCCAAUUUUUAUGUCCAUCUUGUGUCCGAAUUGAGUGCUAAAACUAUUGAUCAUUUGCAUCUUAGUCUGAAUAAGACAAUGGAGCAGAUGUCUCGGAAGCAGCUACAGAAGAUGAGCAAAUCUUUCCAGCCCUCUGUGGGAGAUUUAUGUUGUGUCUUGUUUACUGAGGACAAUCAGUAUUACAGAGGACUGAUAACCCAGCUAGAGAUGACCUCUCCCUCCAAGGCCAAUAAAACAUUAGAAUAUCCAGAAUAUGUUGGAAAAGUUCAUGUAUUUUACAUAGACUUUGGUAAUCAUGAAGUCGUCCCCAAACGCAGGGUGUUCCCCCUACCCCAGCAGUACACGGAUCUCCCCGCUCUGGCUGUCCACGUCAGCCUGGCCUACAUCCAACCCACAGUCCCCAGAGGAUCUCCCAAGAAGGAGGUACAGUGGACAAAGGAGGCGGUGGAGAAGUUCAUCUCUAUCACAGGGUUUGAUACGGCCAUGAGUAUGAUUAUUGUGGAUGGAGGAGAUAUUCAGAAAAUGCUGGAAAAUCACCCUCGUGUAGUGGUAGAGAUGCCCCCGUUACAAGUGUUGUUGGUAGAUACCUCUAAGGAGGAGGAGGAUGUGUGUGUCAAUAUGGACCUCAUCAGACUGGGUCUGGCCAGGCUGUGUGCUGUGGAAAAUCCAUCAAAGGAUACUACUGCAGAUGAAACACCAAAUGGUGAAAAUCCAUCGAAAGAUACCCCAACAAGUGAACCACCAGAUAUGACCUCUCCAGAUGAUAUACAGGACUGGAACCCGAUGUUGGAGGAUUACAUGGACGUCAGGAACUCCUACAGGGUGGACGUGGACGACGCCGGAGUAGCCACCGUGGGCAUCAAGGCCCAAGAUGAAAAGAGGAUUUGUAGAUUUUACCAAAAGAACAAGUGCUGGCGAGGGGAUAAGUGUCCAUACAGACAUGUCAUUGUUGCAGAAGGUGCCCUGACAGGAGAUGUGGACUAUGUGUACGGGGAUGUCAUGGAGGAGUACCACCAGGAUGAACUUCCUGACCCGGGAUCCUGGAUUGCCUGUGAGGUGUCCACCAUCUUAAACCCCUCACACUUCUAUAUUGUCCUGCCUUUUGGUAAAGAACCCCUGGCAUCUCUAGAACCAGCCAAAAAAGAAGAGGGUUACAGCAGUUUUCAACAGGAGACAUUGGAAGACCUGAUGGCAAGUUUACAGGAGUUCUAUGGAGGGAAGCAGUUUGAGGGGAGUUAUGUAGAUUACGCUCCAGGAGAAAUGGUGGUGGCCCGUUAUAGUGUAGAUCUACAGUGGUACAGGGCUCGUGUCAUCAGCUCGGGGGACAGGAAAGUGGAGGUGUUUUAUGUGGACUUUGGGAACAAGGAGGUUGUGUCUGAUAAAUCGGUCCGUAAUAUAGACCCCCAGUUCCUCCACCUACCCCUCCAGGCUCUGGAGUGUUUCCUAGUGGACAUAGAACCUGUAGGAGGAACAGACAGAUUUAGUCAGGAGGCCAGAAUGGAGUUCAGAAAACUAGUGGAUGGGAAAACCUUGGUUGCCUACAUCAAGUCAAGGUCUUGGAGUGGUUGUGCGUGGGUGGAGCUGUUUGAUACAUCGGGAGAGGAGGAUAUCAGUAUUGCUCGUACCUUGAUUGAGCGGGGACUAGCACAGGAAUCGACCGCCCUAUCUAGCACCACCAGCGGGAGGGGCAGCAACACGUCCAGUCGAGUCUCUAGUCAGGAGUCCCUUGUCCUAGUCCCAGGAUAAUUACAGGACUAACUUCAAUGUGAUACAUGUA